GGAAGCAAAGAGUACUAGUAGUGUUUAUGCCACGCCUUGGUGAUCACCUAUAUCUGCGGUUAUUAUUAUAGUUUUGAGCCAUAUCAUUGCAAUGCAGGAGAUGGGAGAGGUCAACGUCCGGCCUCCUUAACUUAAAGCUUGUCUCUCGGUGUUUCCUCAUUCUACUAGUAUUAUUCCAUGGCAGCGGUAGCUUGCUAGAGUCUUCCUCCUGUCCGUACCGGUAUACCGCAUACCCCACAUCACAAGUUAAUUUCGACAACAUGACAAUUACUGUUGGCGUCAGCAGUAAAGCAUGGGUACUAUUAGCCCUGCUAUACCUCAUCGUGGUCAAGGAGAAUAAGUCCAUGCUUGCUAAUGCACUCGAGACGACUUUUAAUGUGUUGUCUCCAUCUUCUGCAUCUCGUCGUCAAGGAUACAAGCACCAAACCGCAGAGUUUGGCUUUGACACUGCGCCUUGUCCCUAUUCCUAUACGCGACGGAAAUGUGUUGCCCAAGGUAUUCUAAUGCACGUGGACGGUCCCAUUUGCAAUGAGAUCGACUUGGAACAGGCGCAAUCUCAACAACAAUUGUCAACCACCAUUGACAAUCGGCCUAUUUUAUUGGUCCCACGAGGAGACUGCUCCUUUGCCACCACGGCCCGUCUCGUACAAACUUGGAGUCACGUACAGGCACUCGUCGUGGCCGAUCACACUUGCCUCUGUAGUGACAAUACAUGUACACCCAAUGAUGAUAACGACAACAACAAUCUUUUCCCCUGUGUCGAUACUCCACCUGCACUGGUCAAUGACAGUAUUAUUGACGGCGACACGAUCCUUCACAUUCCCACCGUAUUACUUCCCAAACAAUAUGCCGAUUACUUGAUCCAGACACAACCGACCAUCACGGCAGAACUCACUUGGCCCGUCACUUCCCCCACCAACAGUAAUGACAGAACCAGCAUUGAGUACUGGCAUGUACCUCAGCAAGCCGUGCUACCGGCCUUGGGACAAAUAGUACAGGCAUUGUCCAACCGGGUGGCAUUUACGCCCCGGUUCUACUUGCAAUCGGGAGAGGACAUUGGAUGCACAAAUAGUAUUGAGGAACAACAGCAAGAACAAGAACAACGUUGCAAUGACUUGUGCACCAAUCAAGGACGUUAUUGUGCAGCACAAGGAGGAGCCAUGGUCGUCGAAGAAAGUCGACGGAGAAUGUGUAUUUGGGAAUUGUACGGGCGGAAUAUCACUCGCAAUGAUUGGAUUGGGUUGCCCUUUUGGAGAUAUGUCAAUGCCUUUGACGACACUUGUGCCAACCCAGCAGGGGAUAACAUGGAAGCUUGCAGUGCUGCCGCCAUGACCCAAGCCGAUAUUAAUACGGAACAAGUAGCGCAAUGUGUCGUCGCGCAAUCCAGUGAGGAGCUGGAAAAGAGCCUGCAGUUGCAGCAAGAGUCAACAAUCAUCGUGCACCCAACGUUGGUGGUCAACAAUGUGGCGUACAGUGGUGACACGUUUGCCAACCUCUUUGGGGCUAUUUGUGGCAGUUUUCAAUCCUUGCCGGACGCGUGUGCCCUGUGUCUCGCCUGCCCGGACGAAUACGGCUGUCUCUUGGGGAAUGGAGUCUGCCCGGGGACACCUACCAUGGCUCCCACUGCCGAUGAUAAUAUGAUACAGAUAGUUAUUGGCGACAAUGGAAACGAGCCGACAACAUCACCGCCCUCCCCGACAAGCGCGGCUCCGUCGUCGCUGGGCGACGCGCAAGACCAAGGCCAUGAGGAGGAAGAGACGACAGCGCAAACCACAGUACCUCCAUCGACGUUGGGCCCUGACCCGGCAGGAACCACAGACGACGAAGAUACAGGAGGGCUGAGUGACACAACCAAGGUGAUCAUUGUGGUUGCCGUCGUUGGCGGCGCUGUUGCAGUCAUAUUCGCAGUUGUCAUGUUACUCGUUUGGAAGCUCUUUUCGCGUAUUCGCCAAUUGGAAAAGAAAGAUAAAAAGGAAACGCCAACAACAACCUCUCCCGCGGGCUCCAAUGGAUGGGAAUUGCCAUAUUAUGUGGUUGGGAAGGAAGAUCCAUUCAACGAUGACUGCGAACCCAUACCAAAUAUUGCCGCCAACAGCAGCAGCGAUAGUGUUUGGGCACCGCCGCCGCUGAAAACCGAUGUUGCACCGGUUGCAGCCGCUAGCGAUGUUGUCCCGGGAGAUGCCAUGUUGGAAGAACCAGCAGAAAACAUCACCACCGACACCACCGCUAAAUUUGAGCCCUUAUACGAAGAAACGGCAAUGGACGAGGAGACUGCGGAUUACAAGGAUGUAGAAGUUGUUACCAGCGGCACUACUAGUAGUAGUGGAGCCGGAGAAGCCGACGGCGUGGAAACCACGGCACCUCAAAAUGAGAAGGACAAUGAGAGCAUUAGCUCUGCUGACCCGACAACCAAGACCGGCAAGGCAAAGUCGUCACCAAGGGCACGACCGAGGCGAAGGUCCAAAGAUCCCACGUUGAUUGACAUUAUGGGCCGCGCUGCACCAGAGGCGAAAUUCCCAAGGAGAUUUUCGUACGACGACGAAGAGAAAGAAGAGAUUGAAGAGAUACCGGUAGCGGAGGAUUGAAUUGGAGUCGCAGAAGUGAGGUCAUUUUCCGUUCCUUCCGGCCACCAACAGGCAAGAGCUUCUUUUCUUACACCCUGGCUUGCUAGCUAGUAGCUAAUAAAACUAUAAAAACUGUAAACUCAUUC